AUGCACGCUACCUAUCUAGCUCCUAACUGUGCCUUUUAUCAGCUCUACCCCCCAUCCUUUCAUUCCCGUGCUAUACUUCUUGUCAACAAGAACUUCCAAGGCACUGAUCUCGAGCCCAUCUACCGCCCUGAUCUCACAGCCCUCCGCUUCACCUACGACCAUCGGCGAUACUGUGUUAUCUCCAUCUACAACCCCCCUAGCUCUUACACCGAGCGCUUGUCAACCUCCGCUCUUUACAACCUCGACGACCUGCUAGACGCUGACCACUCCACGCUCCUUCUUGGGGAUUUGAAUCUCCACCAUCCUGACUGGGAGCCCUUACGGACUGCUCCUUCAUCAUACAUGGCGGAUGACCUUCUUGACCUCACCCACACCCACACUUUGACGCUCAUCACACCCCCCGGCACUCCCACAUGGCAUGCACGUACCUCGUCUUCCACUAUUGACCUCGCUUUUGCGUCACCUGAUAUCUGCCAACGGCUUCUGUCAUUCGGCACCUGCCCGGACCUAGAUGUCGGAUCUGACCACAUCCCACUCUGCACCCGUAUUCACACUGCGUCCUCCGCCACUCCCUCGUCCAUCCCCCGUCCUCGUUGGAAGCAACUUGAUCCUGCAAUAGUUGAAGAUGGCGCUACGCACCUCUUCAUACCACGCCACCUCUCCUCCCACGCAGCUAUCGACCAAUACGCAAGUUACCUGCAAACCUUCAUACACGAACUUGCAACGCUUGCUGUCCCUCUUCCUAAACCGUCUCAGCGUCACCACCCCUGUACCUCGUGGUGGUCACCUGAAAUACACGCCGCUAUCCGCGCUGAACGGCGUGCGCGUCGCCACGGCUGGGACCCCGACGAUAUCCGUGCCCUUACUAAACACAAAAAGAAGUUAAUUCGUGACUCGUCUCGCGCAUGCUGGCGACAAGCCGUUCACCAAGCCCGCGACAGCCCACGGGGUAUAUGGGGACUGGUGAAAUGGGCGCGCACACGCAGCUACAUCCCACCAGAACCCCCAUUUAUGCCCCCUAUCCGAGAUGCAAAUAACACCCUUCAACACCACUUCGACGCCAAAGCACAAGCCCUCCAUGCUACCUUCUUUCCUCCCACUCCUGCAGCUACGUGCACUGAUAUGGAUAACGCUAUCUAUCCCACAGCCCUUCCCGCGCCUGUCCUCACAGACGACGAUGUCCAUCGCGCCAUCUCUCGCACUGCUUCUUGGAAAGCGCCUGGCCCUGACGGUAUCCCUACAGGCUUCCUCAAAGCCAUGGGAACACCCUUAGUCACCGCGCUACGAGUCGUCGGCAAGGCCUGGCGCCCAAUAGCCCUCUUGAACACGCUUGGCAAAAUCAGCGAAUCUGUGACCACCGCAGCCCUGACAGAAAUUGCAGAGACUCACCAUCUACUUCCCCCUCAACAAAUGGGCGCACGUCGCACACGCUCCACCGAAACCGCUAUUCAACUCCUGCUAUCACAGAUCCGCACAGCCUGGCAAGGCCAAGCUGUAGCAACAGUAAUGUCCAUGGACAUGUCUGGAGCGUUUGAUCAUGUUGUCCACGCACGCUUACUUCACAUUCUUCGCACGAAACGUAUACCGGAGUCCAUCGUGGGAUGGAUUGCAAGCUUCAUCAGCAACCGAUCCACCUCUCUGUCGUUUGACAACCGCCAGUCCUCUCCUCUUCCUACGACCACCGGCAUACCCCAAGGCUCACCUAUCUCCCCCAUCCUCUUCUUAUUCUACAACUCCGAGCUUGUCGAUACUUGCAAUCACUUUCAUCAACGCAUCUCGGCCAUCGGAUUCGUCGACGAUGUGAAUAUUAUUGCAUGGGGCCAUUCAGCCCGGUCCAACAACAUUCUUUUGAAACGUGUUCACGACCGCUGCCUGGAAUGGGCUGACAGACAUGGUGCUAAAUUUGCCCCCGAAAAGUAUGAACUCAUACACCUCAGCCGCCGCCGCGUCCCAUUAGAUGCCACGCUCCGCUUAGGAACAGUUGUCAUUCAACCGUCUCCCUCAGUGCGAGUGCUUGGUCUUCAUCUUGACUCCCGCCUCAACUGGACCGCGCACCGUCAGGCUUUAACUCGCAAACUAUCCACACAGUGCCUCGCUUUACACCGGCUCACAGGCUCUACAUGGGGACUGCCGUCACGCGAGUGCCGCCGCAUCUAUAUUGCCGUCAUCCGACCAGCAAUGGCCUAUAUGGCCUGCGCGUGGUACCAACCCCUCUCCUCCCAACGCAGUCAUCUCCUCAAAUACCUUCAGACAGUGCAGAACGAUUGUCUUCGCGUGGUACUGGGUGCCUUCCGCGCAACCCCCAUCACAACGCGCGAAGCUCUAGCCUUCAUCCCACCCCUAGAUCUGUGGCUAACCCAACAAGUCUACCAAUCCCUCUGCCGCUUACAACCGCAUCGUCCCCUCUUGGACUCAGCAUGCCGCCACAUUGCCCACUGCCUCUCCUUUUCUCUGCCGCCAUUCCCUGCCAUGCUUCACCCAGCCCCUCUCUCACCUUUGUGGCCACACAGCUGGUGCCCUACUUUUCCUUCCGACACAAGCACCUGGGCUCUCAGCAAAAAACAAUGCACGGAUAUCACUCUCCACCUCUGGAAAACACGCUGGAACAGCCAGACGAACCGCUCUCGCGGUUCCAUGGCUGUUCACUGGCCUCCUGGCCCUGGCUUCCUAUCCAUCACGCAAUCGCUCAAUAAAGCGCGCAGCUCUUUGCUUGUGCAACUCACCACUGGCAAGAUCGGCUUACACGGCUUCCUCCAUACCAUGAAGGUUCCGGACGUGCCGACCCCCCACUGCCCUCACUGCUCCUAUCACUAUGAAAGCCCUCACCACAUCACCGUCUACUGCCCACAUUAUAACGACCGCCGUCAUCGCCUCACGGAUAACGGACCUAUCGACUUUCAUCGCUUACUAACCACCAGCCAAGGAGCUCUUCGCCUUACCACAUGGUGGUUUUCCAUCCACCGUCUGGAGCAAUUUUCACUCGCAAGUCGCCUCGACGACAUGCUGACUUAG